CAUCACAAUUCCUUCCAAAGUUUUGCACUUCGAAAAAAAACAAAUCAAAACACAAAUGACAAAACCUUUGAUGAAAAAGAGUGUAAUUCCCUUUGGAAUAUGCUCAAAAUCCAAUUACUUUGUUAACAAUCUUCUAGUAGCCUUCCUUACAACCCCAAAUCUAUAUAAAAACAUACGAUGAAAGAUCAAAAAAAGGGUUAUCGAUUUCAAAACAGGAAUGAAGUACUUAUCAUGUUGCAGCCCAGACUUCUUCUUUCAUGUAGCAGUCAUCUCCAUGAUCGUCUUGUUUGCAGGCAUGAUGUCUGGACUCACACUUGGACUCAUGUCAAUGAGCCUCGUUGACCUUGAAGUUCUUGCAAAAUCAGGAAAACCCAUGGAUCGUCUUCGUGCAUCAAAGAUUUUAUCGGUUGUGAAAAGGCAUCAUUUAGUUCUUUGCACACUCUUAAUCAGCAAUGCCACGGCCAUGGAGGCACUUCCUAUAUUCUUGAACAAUUUGGUCCCUGAAUCGGUUGCUAUUAUUAUUUCCGUGACACUGAUUCUUCUGUUUGGUGAGAUAAUACCACAGUCUAUUUGCACGCGUUAUGGCCUAGCAAUCGGUGCAGCCGUGACUCCACUAGUUCGUGUUCUAGUUUGGAUAUGGUUUCCUGUUGCAUAUCCGAUAAGCAAGGUGCUAGAUUGCAUAUUGGGGAAGGGACACGUGAGUCUUUUUCGUCGAGCUGAGUUAAAGACAUUAGUUGAUUUUCAUGGUAAUAAGGCGGGGAAAGGUGGAAGUUUGUCACUUCAUGAGACAACAAUCAUUGGAGGAGCACUUGAACUUACCGCAAAAACAGCACGUGAUGCAAUGACUCCUUUGUCUCAAAUUUUUUCAGUUGAUAUCAAUGCCAAACUUGAUAGGAAUUUGAUGAAUAUGAUAAUCGAGAAGGGGUAUAGCAGAGUGCCAGUAUAUUAUGAUCAACCGGGAAACAUAAUCGGAGCCCUUUUGGUGAAGAAUCUAAUGACUAUAAAUCCAGCAGAUUGUGUACCAAUAAAAAAUAUCACUCUUCGCCUGAUUCCAAGAGUUUCAGACACAAUGCCAUUAUAUGACAUUUUAAAUGAGUUCCAAAAGGGGCUUAGUCAUAUAGCUGUAGUCAUAAAACUGCCAAGUGGAAGAAUCGAGCAACCAACCAACAAGGGCCCGAGUGAAGUGAGAGUAGAUAUUUUGAACGAAAGGUGUCAAAGCUAUGGAGGUUCAAGAAGCAGGAGAGCAUUUAACAAAUUUAAGACGAUUUCUGGUAGUGGUAAUGUGUCAAGGGCAGAAUCGUCAAAGAGCAGAAGGUGGUCGGAUAAGUUCCUUCCUGAAGUACUUAAUAUAAUGGAAAAACCAUUUUCUUCUUUUAGACAAGAAGGGGAAGUCGUAGGCAUCAUUACAAUGGAAGAUGUUAUGGAGGAGCUUCUAAAUGAUGAGAUAUUCGAUGAAACAGAUCAUCAUAAGGAGUAAUAAGAUGGAGACAAGACCAUAUAGAGGACACUUGGUGAUCUUGCAACUGUAUAAUUGUAGUUGCAAAUGAAUCUUUGAUGAAAAUAGUAUUAAAUUCGUU